AUGCCUUCUCUCGACGAUACAAAAACGGUUGACAUCAUCGACGAGAUCAACGACUUGCCCACUGGUGUACCCUGUCAUACCCGCGAUGAGCUUGAGAGAAGAUUACUGAGGAAGCUUGAUUUGCACAUGUGCAUGAUACCGGUUUUGUAUACCCUGAACCUAGUCAAUGUUCGGUUACAAGGUUUUGAGAAAGACCUGCACCUGCAGGGGCAACAAUUCGCCACGAUCUUGUCUGUCCUAUUUGUUGGAUUCAUUAUCAUGGAAGUCCCAGGAAACAUGUUCCUGCACUGGCUGCAGAGACCUGCUGUCUUUAUUCCAUCUUGUAUGAUAGUAUGGGGUACAAUAUCAGUAUUAACAGGUUUUUAUACUGGGGUUCUUUUUGCCCGCUUAUUUCUUGGCUUUGCCGAAGCGCCCUUCUACCCUGGUGUUAUUUUUCUUGUAUCUAGAUGGUACAAGCGGAACGAGCUCGCCUCUAGACUAGCUCUCGUUUCUUAUGGAAUUCCCCUUAGCUCUGCAUUCGGAUCCUUGUUUGCAUCUGGUAUACUUCGCGAAAUGCAGGGCAAACUUGGUCAAGCUGCAUGGAGAUGGUUGUUUUUCAUUGAAGGCGGCAUCACCAUCUUAGUCGCAAUUUGCGCGAUAUUCAUACUCCCAGAUUUCCCACACAACACCAGGUGGCUCACCCCUGAAGAAAGAGCACUUGCUAUUUCCCGCCUUGCAGAAGAUGGCUCAGGUAUGGCUGAUGAGCUUGGGAAACACAGCACCAUCCAAGGACUGCGGGAUGCUGUAUCUGACUGGAAGGUAUGGUGGUUUUCAGUUGCGCUCAUGUUCCAGUUGUUAGCGCAGUCUUUCACCGCUUACUUCCCGACGCUGUGCGCGACAUUGGGAUAUAACACAACUGAAACGUUGCUGCUCUGCGCUCCUCCUUGGGUGUUCGCGGGUAUAGUCGCAUGUGCUCUUACAUGGUACUCUGACAAGAAGCAAAGGCGUUUCAAAUACUUAGCUGCCUCCAAUGCACUCAGUGCCCUUGCAUUCAUUAUGUCAAUGUUUACGAUGAACAAGGCUGUGCGCUACAUUUCGUUGUUCCUGAUGACUCCGAUCCUCAGUGGAUAUCUGGUGCUCUGGGGGUGGAUCAACAAUACUUUCGCCAGAGAACCUGCGAAGCGAGCCGUUGUUAUUGCUUUGAUUAACGCAGUGGGGCAGAUAGGCAAUGGCCCGACAUAUCGUUAUUCCUAUGCCAUCUCCAUCGCAGCAAUUGGGGUUUCGACAGCUAUGUUCGGUGGGAUGCAUCUGUAUUUGAAGCAUUUGAAUGAGCAGAUUGAGAGGAACGAGCGAGAUGCGAAGGAUAUAAAGGAGCUUCGGGACCCGAUCGGGUUUAGAUAUCUGGUGUAG